CCAGUUUCAAACGUUUUCCGUAUUUUAGUUUAUGUCGGCCACCCCAAAUGUCGUUGAUGCCUUCGUUGACUUCACACCAUGGUAUGAUGGCUUACGACUGUUGAACGAGGCAGAAGAAGCUGAACGUAUUUCCUUGACUUUGAGUUUCAAAACAAGAACCGUUGAGAAGGCUACUUCUGUACCGCAAGACGAAGGGCGUCAGUGACUUAUGUCUGACCAUAGCUCAUCGCCCGUUACACGAUCCCGUCGACCGAAGCGUUUACCAGCCAAAACCUGCGAUGACAAUGUUCUUGGAAUUUCCUGGAAGGAAGAACGUGAACUGCGUAAAGCCAUGUACGUCUCCCUGCGCCAAAAAAACAAACCUUCCAAUGGACCCCAACUUCGCUCCCGUAAGAUACUGCAUCGCCAAGCCUCUCGAAAGCAUUCAUCAACGGGGGAAAAUGGGUUCAAGGUGAGCGCAGUCAGCCUCCGCAACCCUGUGCGAGGUCGAGAAGCUCUUGCCAAGCGCAUUGCCCAGGGCGAGCUUCGCGCAGCUAAAUUGCGUGCAACAUCGCGGUUGCGUUCUGACUCUACACACGUAGGGUCCAGGUCGACACGCGCAAACGGAUUUCAUAACAAUAAAGGAGGACUGAAAACGGAAAAUGAAACUAACUUCACCGAUAUCGCCUCCAAAUAUCAAGAACCGACUUGCUCUAAGCGUCCGCACGUAAAUCAACACAAAACUAUCUCUGUUUUGAACGUUGCCCGUUCUAUUGUUCGGGCGAGAUUGAAUGGUCAUGGUUCCAAGAUGUUGCACCGACCUGCUCCACAUUGUGGUCCAUCUGUCGUCACUGCAGCCAGCAAACGACCAACCCUGAUGUCUGCUUCUAACGAUGCCAAAGUUACUUCCACACACUACAAGAGACCAUUAACUCCAAAACGUUCACGGCUCCGGUCUCCAAUUAAGUUUGCUCCUUCGGCCGCACGGACAAACGAUCGAAAUCGCAAAUCGGGUUUGCCACGCUCUGAACGUCAUUCAGUGUCCCAGCCAGUUGUUACCACGAAAUCUCCCCUGAAAAGAGGCACAGAUUCCUCUGAACUGGACGCGGUCCGACCAGAGCGCAGGUUAUUCGGUUCUCCUGACGCACCAGUCUGCGUUCCAGUCAAACGAACUUCCGAUAUCAUCCCUCGUGAGCUCUGUCAAGACCCAGAGGGCCGACCGGUAUCUGUACAUGACUUCGUGGAGUUCAUUUGCUACCAUGGAACACCAUGUUUAGAUCCCAAAUUGGAGUGGUUCGAUCAAACCCGCAGACGUUCUACUGCGUCAAACUCACCCAAGCUUCCAUUUUGGGGUUGCAGAUCAGGAAGCAAUUCGUGUCCUGGAGACGACCUUAAAACGUUCCAGAGGGGCGAUUCGGUCUCAACCGCCGGAUCUGUAACACAAGCGUGUCCAUCACGAUCUGCAAAAUCGGAGGACCAUCUUAUUUCGAGUCCACAGUCACGUUUGUUUUCCAUAAGUUCGAAGAUUUGCGUUGCCAAAAAGCUUGCAUCGGCUCAUCCCCAUGAUGUCUGCAUACGGUCACCCAUUCUCGAAAUACCAUCUGAAAUUCCAUCCAUUUCAUCAAAGCCAGAAGAUAUUGAUCUGUUAAUUCCCCAGUCUACGAUCGCGCUCCCACGGAAACCAAGUCGAAACACUCGAGGUCUUUGUGUGACGAGAAAUAGUACAGGCACUUCACGCCGCUCCCGGAACCGUCAUUAAGUGAUCAUUGUCUACACUCGCUUGACAUCGGUGCAUUUCUGCGUAAUUUAUCUUUUCCACCUAUCCAUUUUUAUCACUUCGAUAUUUUUAUUUAUCUUUGUGUGUAGGAUACUUUCCCAAUUCGACUGGAAACACCACACUUUGUAUUUUUCACGUUCAGUUCAUACUGCGGAGUUUUUUGUCUUUUUCCGCCACGAAUUCAAUGACUCAGUGAAUACCGGUUCAAUAUGCAACAUUUAUCAUUCAACCAUUUGUAAGAUUGUCUGAUGAAUAUUGUUUGUAUCGCAUGGAUUUAUUGUAUUUUCGAACGAAUUUUAUGACGUCAUAUUGAUUUGCAAUGAAAUUGGUUGAAUUAAGA